ACUUUUGCCGAAGUGAUGUCACAAUUGGAAAGCAUUGUUUCUCCUGAGAUGGGUUGCCGCUGGUUACUCAUCCUUUGCCUUCUUCUCCUCCUCCAGCUCUCGUAUGAAGUGUCAUCAUACCAGAAUGGAGGAAAAAAAGGAGUAAAGAGACAAAUAUUCAAGAGAAGAGGCCCAGGUUUCUUCGGACUUUUAUCCCAGUUCGUUCGAGAGACUAUCUCCGACACGAACUAUGCCGUUAGGAAUAUAACCAAUAUAAUCAACAACGAAUUUCCUUCGCCCAGCGCUCAAUUAGAAGAGGGUAACAGCACAUCGACAAGUGGUGCCCGCCAGCUGUCUCUAAAAGAAGUGAAUGACAUCCUCGGCAGAAAUUACAGGAGUCUCGUCCGCCUGUUCAACACCGAGUUCAGGAAGGCUGUUGCCGAUUCGAACAAAAACGUCGGCCUGUACCGCAAGGAGUUCAGGGACGCGAUCCGGCCGUACUUCACCGGAGGCGCCUUCACCUCGACGACGACGCCCAGGACCACAAGCUGACCGCGGGCCCGAAUUGCUCAAUAAAUCGUAGUGCCAAUAAAAAAAAUAAAAAAUAAAAAUAAAUGGAGCUUAUAGACAUUGCGGGUGUCGCUUUGAGAAUUCACCCAUCGGCUUGGCUGAUGGUUUUUUUCUCAGUGUGACCAGUAAAACGUUGUUAUAGACUAGUCUCGUUUCAAAAAAAUUAUUUAAUUUAAUAAUCUAUUUAUUAAAAGAAAUAAUUUUAUUUUUUGUGUGAACCUCAAAUAAUUUUUUUCUGAGAAGAAUCAAGAGUUGGCCUAUAAGACCUACAAUAAAGAAUCAAACUUAUUUUAAAAAGUUCAUUUAUUUGUAAAUAAAUUAUUUUAUACUUUCUGAA